AUGGGAAGAGGCAGACAAGACGAAGACGAGCCUGCGUUGUUUGCAGCAAGCACUGGCACAGCGCUCCAUUACGACACCGCCGGCACCUCAAACAAGCCAACACCAUCAAUUACUACUACUACCUGUCCUCAACUGCAAUUGCCUACUUUUGAUCAAGACCAAGAGCUUUUCCCGUCUAUCAAUUGUUCUGCGCCCGCAACUGUCGAGCCUGCACACAGUGCUGGUGGAGCGGCCGCUGAACCCAAAGAAGAAGAAGAGCCAACAGCCGUCGAUCCAUCCUCACCAGUCGAUAGUUCACCCAAGACUUCUGAAUCCGAGCACUCUGACCAUCGCAAUAACAAAUCACCCUCGCAGCCAAAUUCUCCCCUGCGUCCACCUCCGGCCGUUCGAUUUGAUGAACUUGUGACCAACAUUUCACCUCUCACCUCCAGCACCAACCUCGCAGGGCAGAACGAAGCCAAAGCAGUUACGCCACCACGAGCACGCAUCUCAAUCAAGCCCCUCUCCCCGCCUGCGGAGGUGACUGGCAACGAGGAAGAAGGUCUCACUGAUUUCGAUUUUGACUGGGAAGCUCGUCGAGCGUCGAUCCGAGCACGCUCUCUGAAGAAUAGACUGCGCAGGACUCUCGACGCUUACAACUUGAGCAACAUGGCUUCCGAGGCAGACCGUGCUGAGUCGCUCAGCAGCUUGAAAAGCCUCGUUUCCACGUUGAGAAAGGCGGGUUCUACCCACAGCAACAACAGCUCCAAGAGCGAGAACUCUGAGAACGCCAACGGACAGGCAUCUGACAACCUUCCCGAGGACCGAGCGGGCCUCGAAGCUCAACUCAACAUCCACCUUGGCCGGCUCGACCGGCUUCGCAACCAGGUCCGCCUAUUCAAUGACCUCAUCAAAGACUACUACGACCUCCUUGACACCCAGGCCCGCAUCCAUGCCAAACUUCCAGAGGUCGAGAAGACGGUGCUCGAAGAGCUCGAUAAUAUCCGUCAGAUGCGCGCCGCCUUUGAAAAGUCGGUUAAGUUCCACCAUGGCAAGAUUGACCAGAUCGCAGUAGCCAGAGCGCGGUUGGAUAAGAGUCAGGGCUUGAAGUGUACCGUGUGGGACAUGUACAUGGGAUUCAAAAAGGAGGCCGAGUGGGCUCAGCUGUUUGCAUUUUAA